AUGGAUAAUUUUAGUGGUGGUUCAACAGAUAUAUAUGAUUUCUUGAGAAUUGCACUUGAUCAACGCUUUUCAUUGCCAUUAAUGGAUUUUGCUUUAUCUAUUGAUGCAAAUUUACCAUUAAAUUUACCCGAUCGACUCGAUCAUUUGGUAAAAAUUGUCAAACAAGCAUUUGAAGUCGAUAUAGAACCACAUAGGAUGUUCGAUAUGUUAUCUAUGUUAAAACAACCAUCAGCUGAUGGAAAAAAUCUCUUGCAACAUAACAAAAAUGUUGAACAUGAAUUGAAUAAAUACGUAUCGAAUAUUGAUAAUUUAUGUGAUUUUCCACAUUCAACUGCUUUUUGUUUGACAUUUACAUUAGAACCGAAAUCUGAUCGAUGUCCACAAUGUCAAAAAUCUCUCUCUUCUUCGUCGAAAUUCAGGACUGUGACACUUUAUUUGGCAGAUGGACGCUCGAAAAAAGCGACCGUUGUUAGUUAUGAAUGCAAAUCGAACCAGUGUUCAUUAGAAAUAUUUCCGAAUUUCAUUCGUAAUUUGUCUGAUAAUGAACAAUAUUGUUUUACUAACCAAGAAUUCUUAUCAAGUGGAAAAUAUGUUUAUUUAGGUGGUCAAACAGCAUUUGAGUGUUUGCUUUUAAAGCAAUAUGCUUGUUUAUUAAGUAAUGGUCACGUUGCAUUUGAUUCGUUUACUCGUGCAUUCAAUGAAUUAAUUGAUGAUUCUCAUAUUCCGCUAGAGAGAAGACUAUUUGAACGAAUAUUUAUUAUUUAUGAAAUUAUACAAUUCCAAUUGUUUAUGGGAACUGGUGAAAAAUUUCUCAAUCAAUGUUGUGCCUUUUUCCCAAGCAAUAUUUCCACAGAUAUAGAUAAUUUUAUCAUGGUGAAUUAUGAUCGUUUUUACAAAAAAUUCGUACAAUUUUGGUCGUCACAUAACACUUUUUACCCGUGUAAAUCAGUAAAAGAAGUUGAUAAUGAGUAUGACUUAUGUUCAGCAGCUGUAAUUUGUGAUGGACAUAUGAAAAUCAGAAGACGAUUAUGUGCGAAUCCAAAUAUUGCGUUGUCUUUACCAGAACAUUUUGUUUAUUUGUUUAAACCAUUGAUAGUUGGGUGCAGUCAUACACCAAAUCCAAAGGAAAAAUUAUGUACACAAUGUAAAAAUAACAAUUUAGCGAAAGAAGCGUCAACAUCAUGUUUCGCAUCUGAAAAAAAACAAUCACAAAAACAAAGUCGGAGCCUUUGGAAAAUAAUUAUGGCAAUGAUAUGGCAGGAGUUAGUACAAAAAAAAUUAACGUCUGAAUUUAGAAUCCACAUCAAAAACAAUGCAGAUAAUGAGAAACAUUUUUGGAAAACAUGA